AUGCGUCUCAUACUAUUACAAUUACUUCUUCUCAUCUGGAUUCACAAUCAUAUCUUUUGUUUUGGUUUACAAAGACUUACUUCAACAAUAGCAACAACAACAACACUGAAAUCAAAAUCAACAAAAACGGACGGAAUUGAUUUGCAAGAUGGUCAUCCAAAUCAUCGAUUGUGGCAAAAAAUGAUUGAUACAGAACGUGCAUCGUCUAGUGAUUGUACAAACUUACAACGUAGUGAUGCAUCUAUAAAAACCGUUGAAGAAUUUCUGGAUACUCUUAUCAAUUCAAGCCGUUAUGAUAGACGUAUUCGGCCAUUUUUUGAUCAACGCAAAGCGUGCAAUGUGACAAUGACGAUUCAUAUUAAUACGAUUUCAGCUAUCAAUGAAGUUAAUAUGGUACGACAUACUCAUUAA